GGGAGAAAUAUACAUCGGGCUCGAAGUCUGAAAUAACUGGACACAAAACACCCAUGCAAUAUGGAUCGGCGCAGAGAUGACCUUGCCGAAGAAAUGGAACAUUUUCGUUCUAUAAACGAGAAACCUGUGGAUGAUAUUUCUCUUGCGUUCUUUUAUAAACCCCACACUUUGACUCUGCUUUCUGUAUGUGUUUUAGGACUUCUGUAUUCGGCUUUCACGAGGAAUGAUGAUGAAAAAGAUAGCAACAUCUGGAUAGGUCUUUGUUGGAUCAUUUUCUUUUUUCUUGUGGUCAGUGUGCUGGCGUUUCCUAAUGGACCUUUUACACGUCCCCACCCAGGAAUAUGGAGACUUGUGUUUGGGUUGAGUGUGCUGUACUUCAUGGUUUUAGUUUUCCUGCUGUUUCAAAAUCGUCAGGAUGUCCGUCUGAUGAUUGAAUGGAUCUUCCCGGACUUGAAGGGUGUGGCCCCAGAAGAUAAGGAGUACGCGGUGAAAUGCUGGAAGAUGGACUGGGCCCGCCUGUACAGCUUAUUUGACUGUUUUGCCGCUGGCCAUCUGUUUGGCUGGUUCUUCAAGGCUCUUCUCAUUCGACAUCAUGGUAUUCUGUGGACCAUCAGCAUCAUGUGGGAAAUUACGGAGAUGGCAUUUUCUCAUCUGCUGCCUAAUUUUGCUGAGUGUUGGUGGGAUGCCUGGGUCCUAGAUGUUCUGAUCUGUAAUGGUUUAGGAAUCUCGCUGGGAAUGUAUGUCUGCCGCAAACUGGAAAUGCGGAACUACCACUGGGAAAGUAUCAAGGACAUCCAUUCCACAACAGGGAAAAUCAGAAGAGCUGUGCUUCAGUUUACUCCUGUCAGCUGGUACAAUGUCCGUUGGCUGGACCCCAAUUCGUCCACCAUGAGGAUGGUAGCUGUUUCCCUGCUCAUCAUUGUAUGGCAGUUGUCAGAACUUAACACAUUCUUCCUCAAGCAUAUAUUUGAGGUUCCUCCCUCUCAUCAGAUUAAUGUGUGGAGACUGGUUCUCAUCAGCUUGAUCUCAGCUCCCUCUAUCAGACAGUACUAUGUGUAUGUGACAGACACUCAGUGCAGGAGGGUUGGAACUCAGUGCUGGAUUUUUAUCAUUGUGACUUUCACGGAAGCCAUCAUUUGUGUCAAAUUUGGGCUGGAACUGUUCAAGAAGACAGAUGUUUCCUACAUCAUGAUGUGGCUGUCUAUACAGUUUGUGGGGAGUGUACUGUGUGUCUACCUGUGUGCCGUGUACGCCAGAAACUGGAAGUGGACGACACUUGAAGAUGGUUUCUUCAUGACUGAAGCUGAGAAAGAAGCAGAGAAAUUAGAAAACAAGACGGCGGACCAAACAUUCAACGUAACACGAAACGGCACCCACAACUCGGGCAAACAGAACGUAUUUUCUCCUAGUCAUACUCCAUACAAUCUACGCCACAGAGACCACAAACUGGACAGAAAUGGACACAGCCACUGAGAAUUUAAUCGACCAGUAUUUGUGUAACCUCUGGUGUUCUUGAAAAGUUGAGUGUUAUGAUCUUUGUGAAAGUCUCAGGACUCCCUUCCAUUUUUAUUAAUUUUGUAUAUACAUAACUGAAUUUCUGUUUUAUAUUCCUUAAGGACACUUGAUUUGAUACAAACAAAAAGAUGAAUGCAUGGGUUGAUGUACAUUUUGUGGCUUUGUUUGGUUGUAAUAAGUACAAAUACAAAAUUCCUUUUUCAAAAAAGGGACUUGUAAAUUCUCUAUACAAAUUUCCCCCAAUGUUUUGAACUUAAUUCAGAUAUUGUGGGUAUAAAUUACGUUCCAUACCUCUGGAAAUUGUAUUCAUUAACAUAAUUUUAGUUCUCAUUUUCAUCAUUUUUGAAAAACGUUCAUUUGUAACGUGUUCUUUUAUUGAUAAAUAUUUGUGAGAUGAUAAGUUCUGAUAAUGAAACAGUUACCGCACGUCUAUAUAUGACUAAACAAGAUUCCAAGUCAUUUAAGAUUUAAGUGCAUUUUUGGAAACGUGUAGCUUUAUAUUUAUACUCAUUUGUAUUAAUGAUUUAGUCAGGAGAUUGGUGCGAAUAAGGCUUUAAAGGUGCUGAUGUGUGUGAAUAUCAAGCCACAUCAUUUCAGACUACUUCAUAAACAAUGUGAUUUUCUAGUCAUUUUUGUCUUGUGUUUGCUUGAACAAUUUUUAAAUGUGAAUGGAUCGAUUCCUUCAGGGGACAUGAUCUGUGUUGGUAAUCAAACUGUACGUUGAUGUAUUUGUGGUGGACAUUCCACUGUCCUGUUUACACUUAUUUGUAUUAUGUAGUAUGUGAUAUUCAUUACAAUAUGUAGGUAUUAUUUAUACAGUACUACACUCUACAUGAUGUAAUUUAGAGUUUUAGAUACACAGUAUGAUAGGAUAAUGGGGUACCUGUAUAUGUAGACAAGUAUUCGUGUCUGUUUCGUAGUAUUAAUCAAUGUUUUGAAUGGAUGUGUGUGAAUUUUGCCUGUAUUUUUAUGAAUGGGUCUAAUUUGUCAAAUUUGCUAACAAAAAACAUGAUUUUCUGAAAUACGAAGAGUGGAGUCUUGUGUGUAAUGAAUUAUCAAUGUACAUUUGUUCCUCUACAAAGUGUUUCCUCAUUUGUUAUGCCAGUAAGAUUUAGGAUUGGAAUGUUGAAGAUUUCAGGAUUUUUUUAUAUAAAGUACCCUGCUGAGUUCUAAUUUCUACUGAUAUUGUACAUGUGUGGAUUUUUGUAUGUGGUCUUGUUCGAUGAAGUAUUUCUCAUUUGAAAAAAGACAUUGGGUUGAUUUUACCAAUUUUAACAUAAUACUCUCCUAGUCACAAGAAUGUUUUACUCACCAAAUAUGCUGCUUAAGUUGUUAGAAGUUCUGAUGUGAUUAUGUUUCAGUAUUGUCACAGAUUUAUUUCAGUUAUGUGCAACUGUAAAUCUCAAUACCUUUGAUAUUUUGUAAUGAUGGAAAGUUGAAUCUUGCUGCCAUUAAGAUAAGUAAAAACAAAAUUUGUACUAUAUUAUACCGAUAUGAACAAGGCACAGUUUCAGGGUUCCUACUACAGACCAUGAGAAGUGCUUGAAUUUUGACCCAGUUCUUGAAAAGUGCUUGAAAAUGCAUAAACAGCAAAAAGACAUGAAAAGGUGCUGAAAUUUGCAUUUUCAGUGCUUAGAUUUGUUUAAAAUGGUGCUUGAAUUCUGAUUGUGUUCUACUAUAUAAGCAAACAUCUAGUAGAAAAAAGAAAAAUCAUGUUAAUUUUUCCUGUACAUUCAUUGCCAAUAUUUCUUCGUAAGAGUUGAUAUUUAUAAAUUUCUUACAGAUGUUGUGAUAUAUCGUGUUUUUGUAAACGUGUGACCUGGUUUUUCAUUAACGGGGAAAACAUAUCACCGCAGAAUGAAAUGUGUCAGUUUUUGAUCAUUUACAUGAUUGUAUUUCCAAAAGUGCUUGAAAUAUGGCUUUAAAAGUGCUGGGGAAAAAUGAUGCUGGACUGUACGAACCCCAGCUUUUAAAACAUAUCUUUAAUUGGUACAGCUUGAUAUUUAUUUGCCAAAGUGAAUUUUGCCAAAAGUGUUGAAUGUUUUGUUCUCUGUUUGUAUAUGCGAUGCCUCUGGAUUCAUCACUUGUAUUAAAUGUCAGCAUCUGUGCUGAUUUCAGUCACGGCAGUUAUCUAGUCAAAACUUACUAUCUAUUCUGAAAUCUGUGUAUUUUUUAGGCAGUUAUCAAACAGUUUUUUUGAAUUUCUGGUUAGAUGGAGAAUAAUUACAUCAGCAUCUGUCAAGAUGUAUGUAUUGUGAAAGUAAUUAUCUAUACAUGUGUCUGCUGACAAAUUAAAAAUAUAGCAUUUGAACUCUACCAGUUGCAUUUUAUAGGUACUUCACAUAGAUCUCUUAUUCAUUUUGUUUAUUGACAUCACUUUCAAUGCUAUUAGAGGAAAAAGAGCAUUUUGUAAGAGAAAUUUGCUGAUGAAACUAUAUAAGGAAUGUUCAGAAGAUUUCCAUAAUGUACAUUGUACUGAAAUAUUUUGGUGUCUAAUACUGUACAUCUGUAUUAAAAAAAAAAAGAUAGCUCCAGGGGGAAAAAAACUGGUAAGAGAUACUGCAUUUAUACCUAAAUUCGUGAAAAUUAAUACACAGCCUGUAUUUGUAUUCAAUAGAUUUUAUUGAUAAGUUUUAUGAGGUUUUGUAAAAGGACCACACAAGUGAAUAAUGUUGAGAGACUGGGGGCCAAAUUUAGUCUUAUGUCUUUGAUACACGUUUAUGUGAUAAUGGAUUUGUGCAACCGUAAAAAAAACAUUUUAGAAUUUUAUAUUUUCUUUUUAAUUGUUGCUCCACACAGAUGCUAAAACACAAGUAAUUGCUAUACAUGUGACCAUGUGUUUUGUCGGAUGUGUUAAUGGUUCACUACAUGUGUUAUGCAUGGCCAUGUGUUUUUUUUGUCGUACCCUUUAUCUUAUUUCCUAUCUACUUGAAAUAAACGUAUCAUGAAAAUUGAUUUUAUACAUUUGUAAAAUAUCACUCUACAUGCACUUCAAUUAAAUAGUGUUUCAUCAUAUCACAGUUCGAUGUUUUGCCAAAGCUUGUCAAACUUAAGUUAUAUAAAAUGUGUUAUGUUAUUGUGCUAGUCUUAACCCGAUUUUGAACUGUAAUUUAAUAAAAUGUGUGAAUAUACUU